GAGGAGCGGGUCGUCUGGGCUGCAGGCGGCGGAGCAGAGGGAGGGGCGGGCAGCAGCGGCGGCGACCGCGGCAGCUGCGGCGCGACCUAGCCGGGCAGCGACCAGUGCACGGAGAGCGCGAAGUCCGCGCAGCCCGGCGCAGCCAUGGAGCCCCGCGCGGACUCAUUCCAUGAUGUCCCUGUCGGUGCGGCCGCAGCGCCGCCUGCUCAGCGCCCGGGUCAGUAGGAGCCAGUCCUUCGCAGGCGUCCUCGGCAGCCAGGAGCGGGGGCCCAGGAGCUUCCCAGCCUUCAGUCCCCCGGGGCCCCCACGGAAGCCCCCAGCGCUCUCCCGAGUGUCCAAGAUGUUUUCAGUGGCGCACCCGGCCCCCAAGGUCCCACAGCCUGAGCGGCUGGACCUGGUGUACACGGCGCUCAAGCGAGGCCUGACGGCCUAUUUGGAAGUGCACCAGCAGGAGCAGGAGAAACUCCAAAGACAGAUAAGGGAGUCCAAGAGGAAUUCCCGCCUGGGUUUCCUGUAUGACUUGGACAAGCAAGUCAAGUCCAUUGAACGCUUCCUGCGACGGCUGGAGUUCCACGCCAGCAAGAUCGACGAGCUGUAUGAGGCAUACUGUGUCCAGCGGCGUCUCCGGGAUGGCGCCUACAACAUGGUCCGUGCCUACAGCACCGGCUCCCCAGGGAGCCGUGAGGCCCGGGACAGCCUGGCCGAGGCUACUCGGGGGCAUCGGGAGUACACAGAGAGCAUGUGCCUGCUGGAGAGCGAGCUGGAAGCACAGCUGGGCGAGUUCCAUCUCCGGAUGAAAGGGCUGGCCGGAUUCGCCAGGCUAUGUGUGGGCGAUCAGUAUGAGAUCUACAUGAAAUACGGGCGUCAGCGCUGGAAACUACGGGGCCGCAUAGAGGGUAGUGGAAAGCAGGUGUGGGACAGUGAGGAAACCGUCCUUCUUCCUCUGCUCACGGAGUUCCUGUCCAUCAAGGUGACAGAACUGAAGGGCCUGGCCAACCAUGUGGUUGUAGGCAGCGUCUCCUGUGAGACCAAGGAUCUGUUCGCCGCCCUGCCCCAGGUUGUAGCUGUGGACAUUAAUGACCUCGGCACCAUCAAGCUCAGCCUGGAAGUCACGUGGAGUCCCUUCGACAAGGAUGACCAGCCCUCAGCCGCUUCUACUGUCAACAAGGCCUCCACAGUCACCAAGCGCUUCUCCACCUACAGCCAGAGCCCACCAGACACGCCCUCACUUCGGGAACAGGCCUUCUAUAAUAUGCUGAGGCGGCAGGAGGAGCUGGAGAAUGGGACAGCAUGGUCCCUGUCAUCCGAAUCUUCUGAUGACUCCUCUAGCCCACAGCUCUCAGGCACUGCGCGCCACUCCUCAGCCCCCAGGCCCCUGGUGCAGCAGCCUGAGCCUCUGCCCAUCCAGGUUGCUUUCCGUAGGGCUGAGACCUCCACUUCUGGGACCGUGGAUGAGGAGGGGGCCAUGGCCCCAGCCCUGGCCAAUGGGCAUGCCCCCUACAGCCGGACUCUGAGCCAUAUCAGUGAGGCCAGUGUGGAUGCUGCCCUGGCUGAGGCUUCAGUGGAGGCUGCAGGCCUAGAAAGUCUAGUCCAGGGACCCAGCCCACCUGCACAUCCAGAUCUCACACGUGGGGAGCACCCUAGUCCUGUCCCUUCUGCCCUGGACCCUGGCCAUUCUGCCAUAAGCCCCACUCUCAGUACGACAGGCCCUGCCCACACAUCUACAGACCCUGCCCCCUCUGCACACCUAGACUCAGUUAGUAAGACCAUAAAUUCUAGCCCUCCUGAAUUGCCAGACCCCACCCACACCACUACAAGCUCCACCUCUGGUGCUGUAAGCCCUGCCCAUAGUGCUCCAAGCCUUACUCACACUACCACAGGUUCUACCCACAAGACUGUGGUCUCUACCAUCACUAUUACAGGCCCUGCCCCCAGUACCACAGGGCCAAUCCAGACCACCACAAGUCCCACCCACAAGCCGAUGCUUUCUACCCUCACUCCUGUAGCUCCUGCCCCCAAUACUACAGACCCAGUCCAGACCACCACAAGCCUCAGCCACACUGUCACAAUCCUGACACACACUGUCACAAGCCCCACCAACAAGCACAUGAUCUCUACCCUCUCUACUGCAGCCCCUACCCCCAGUACCACAGACCCCGCCCAGACUACCACGAGCCCCACCCACACUACCACUAGCCCCACCCACACCACUGCAAGCCCUACCCACACCACCAUAAGCCCCACCCACACUGCUACAAGCCCUACCCAUACCAUAAUAAGCCCCACCCACACUACUGCAAGCUCUACCCACACCACCACAAGCAGUACCCACACUACUGCAACCCCUACUCACACAGCCAGGAUUUCAACUCACACCACUAUACCCAAUGCUAAGGACGCAGUCCAGAUCCCCAGGAGUCCUACCCAUUCUGUCACAAGUCCCACCCUUAGAACUGUAAGCCCUUCCACUUUUCUAGACCUUGCCACGCUCUCCAACCACUCUGCAAACACAGACCCUCCCCUCCCAGGCAUCGACCCCCUGUCCUGUAGCUACCCAGCCUCCACUUCCUGCACUCGGGCAGACCCCAUAGCCCUCAGCACCUCCCACCCAAGUCCUACCUGUUCCAGUUGGGAACCCCUCACAAGCCCUUCCCCAAAACUCCCAGAAGCCAUCCGUCAGAGCCCAAGUCCCCCUCCCUCACCUCUAGCCCCUGUGCCCCAGCAUUCAGACCCUAGAGUGGCCAGGGCAGCCCAGGCCCCAGUUCCAGGGGCAGCUGGAGGUGCUGGGGACAGGAAACUGGAAGAGGCACUGGGGGCCCUAAUGGCUGCCCUGGAUGACUAUCGUGGCCAGUUUCCUGAGCUGCAGGGCCUGGAGCAGGAGGUGACCCGGCUGGAGAGUCUGCUUAUGCAGAGACAAGGCUUGACUCGCAGCCGGGCCUCCAGUCUUAGCAUCACUGUGGAGCAUGCCCUGGAGAGCUUCAGCUUCCUCAAUGAAGAUGAAGACAGUGACAGUCCUGGGGACAGGCCCCCAAACAGCCCGGAGCCUGGGGCUGAGGACAGCCUCGACUCACCUAGUGCCCGACCCCUCAGCACGGAGUGUCCAGCUCUGGACACUGCCUUGGUCCAGCACCUGUACCACUGCAGCCGCCUCCUGCUGAAACUGGGCACAUUUGGGCCCCUGCGCUGCCAGGAGGCAUGGGCCCUGGAGCGGCUACUGCGGGAGGCCCGAGUGCUCGAAGCAGUAUGUGAGCUUAGCAGGCGAUGGGAAAUCCCUGCCACCUCUGCCCAGGAAGUGGUGCAGUUCUCGGCCUCCCGGCCCGGCUUCCUGACCUUCUGGGACCAAUGUACAGACGGACUCAGCCCCUUCAUCUGCCCUGUGGAGCGGGUGCUUCUCACCUUCUGCAAUCAGUACGGCGCCCGUCUCUCCCUGCGCCAGCCAGGCUUAGCCGAGGCUGUGUGUGUCAAGUUCCUGGAGGAUGCCCUGGGGCAGAAGCUGCCCCGGAGGCCCCAGUCAGGCCCUGGAGAGCAGCUCACCGUUUUCCAGUUCUGGAGUUACGUUGAAGCCUUGGACAGCUCCUCCAUGGAGGCCUAUGUGACCGAGACUGCCGAGGAGGUGUUACUGGUGCGGAAUCUGAACUCAGAUGACCAGGCUGUUGUGCUGAAAGCCCUGAGGUUGGCACCUGAGGGGCGGCUUCGAAGGGAUGGGCUCCGGGCCCUCAGCUCCCUGCUUGUCCAUGGCAACAACAAGGUCAUGGCUGCUGUCAGCACUCAGCUCCGGAGCCUGUCACUGGGCCCUGCCUUCCGGGAAAGGGCUCUACUCUGCUUCCUGGACCAGCUCGAGGAUGAGGAUGUGCAGACGAGAGUGGCUGGCUGCUUGGCCCUGGGCUGCAUCAAGGCUCCUGAAGGCAUUGAGCCCCUGGUGUACCUGUGUCAAACGGACACAGAAGCCGUGAGGGAAGCAGCUCGGCAGAGCCUUCAGCAAUGCGGGGAAGAGGGACAGUCUGCCCAUCGACGGCUGGAGGAGUCACUGGAUGCCCUGCCCCGCAUCUUCGGGCCCGGCAGCAUGGCCAGCACGGCAUUUUAAACUCCCCACCCACCGGCCCCCAGUGCCCCUUCCCCCCAUUUUCAGGGCUUACCAGGCACUGGCAGGGAGGGUGAGGGCUGGCUCCAGACACUCCUCCCUCACAGAUUCCUAUCAAUGAAAAUCUAAUAUAUUCUCCUUUUGUCCUCGGGGUGGGUAGAGUCAGUGCCGCAGUCAAGUGCCUCCCAGCCUCGGCUCAGCACACUUGCCAUAGAUCGGUGUCCCGGGCCUGGCCGUCCUGCCUCUGCCCUGCCACGUCCCUUGGUUUUGUAUUUUAUUUACAGUUUUACAGAAAAUAAAAAAGCAAAAUGCCUUUCCUACGUA